AUGAAGCUUCUUUUGCUAUUGCUAAGUGCCUCGGUGAUUUCAGUCACCGAGGUAUUCGCUUUUCCAUCUAUUGCACUCGAGGCAGCUGCAAAGCAAGCACAAGCUCACACGGAAAAAAAGAGAUGCCCCUUUGCCAGCAAGCAAGAGACAAAGAGAGCUACCCCAGGCUUUGAUCCUGAGGCCCAGCUCAUUGACGUCUCAGGAGAUCACGCUUUCGUGCCACCAAAUUUUGAUGCUGGAGAUUUGCGUGGACCUUGCCCGGGCUUGAACGCCUUGGCCAACCAUAACUACCUGCCGCAUAAUGGCUGGGGAACGUUGACUGACUUUGUCACGGCGACUAACGAAGUCUUUGGCAUGGGAAUUGAUCUGGCAACCUUCCUCUCCACCUAUGGUACGGUCAUGGAUGGCAAUCCGCUUGCGCUGCCUCCAGGAUGGUCUAUUGGAGGGGUCCCCACCAACAUUGGCAUCCUUGGCUCUCUGACUGGGUUGCUUGGAACACCUGAAGGCAUUAGCAACUCGCACAACAAGUAUGAGACGGACACCUCGCCCACUCGGGGCGAUCUAUAUCAAUAUGGCAAUGAUUAUUUGGUACAGGUUCCUCAAUUUGAGGCUCUUUUCGACCUGCAGCCUGACCCAGCCACGGCCAACUAUGAUCUUGAUGUUCUGCUGCAACAUCGGAAAAAUCGAUUCCAACAAUCCAUCAAUGAGAACCCGUAUUUCUUCAACGCUCCCUUUAGCGGAUUGAUUGUGGCCCAGGCAGCCUACACGUUCAUCUACCGCUUCAUGGGAAAUAAAUCAGCCGAGUAUCCCGAGGGUGUUCUUAAUCAAGAGGUGCUCAAGUCUUUCUUCUCCAUCACCGGUGAACCGGGCAAUUUCCAGUACACUCCCGGUAACGAGCGGAUCCCGGAAAAUUGGUAUAAGCGCGCAAUUGGCGACGAGUAUACUAUUGCAUACUUUGUCUCGGAUGCAGUGUCGUACCAGUUAGCCUACCCGCCGCUGCUGUCGGUUGGUGGAAAUACUGGAACGACCAACUCCUUCACCGGGGUUGAUCUAGAAGACUUGACUGCGGGCGUUUACAAUGCACAAACACUGGCACAGGGUGACAAUUUUGCCUGCUUUGCGUUCCAGAUUGCCCAGCAGGUGACUCCGGACAUUUUGAAGGGAUUGUUCUCUGACAUUACCGACCCGCUCAACUUGAUUAACCAGCAGUUUAAUGAUGUUCUCGCUGAUUUUACAUGUCCGCAGUUGGAGAGUGUUGACAUGAGUCAGUUUAAUCAGUUCCCGGGAUAUACCAAGUCGGGCGGCGCCGUCUGA